CUUUGUUUCUAGAACACUUGACUUGCUAAAAAACAGUGAGAAGCCAAUGUAUCUGUCCCUCUUGGCAUAAAAUUUCCUUUUGAGCAGUUAUAGUAUUGAAACUGAUCUCAGAGGUAUGCAAUUCAAGAAAAAUAGAGUGUCCAUCAAUUGCUGCAAUACUCAAGAUAGCUUUAUGUUGGGCUCAUAACCCUGUUGUGUUUUUUCCUUUUGGCUCCUUUUUUCUGAAGUUGAGGAUCAUUUUGAUGGUUUUAGAGUUUCAGUUGGCUAGACUCCACGGUCCUAGGAGACAAAGAGGUAAGUUUUCAGUAGGGAGAAGGGUGUUAUGUCACAAGAAUUUACUUUACACUUCUCACUGGAUGUGGAAAGUGAGAAAUUGCUUGAACAAGUGAGAAAAGUUACUUGGUGUAAAUACACUUGUAAGCUCUGAUGGCUUCCAUGAGAAUCCAAACAGCUUGUCCUUCAUCUUCAUUCUCUCCAUCUUUUUCAAGCCCUCAAUGGAAAUAUGAUGUCUUCCUAAGUUUUAGAGGAAAGGACACCCGCAAAUGCUUCACAGACCAUCUGUAUGUUGCUUUAAACCAGAGAGGAAUAGUUGCCUUUAGGGAUGACCCAAGCCUUGAGAGAGGGAAAGAAAUUGCUCCUGAACUUUUGAAAGCAAUUGAAGAGUCAAGGUUUUCAAUUGUUAUUUUCUCAAGAAAUUAUGCAUCAUCAAGCUGGUGUUUGGAUGAACUUGUGAAGAUUCUUGAGUGCAUGAACACUAAGGGACAAAUAAUUUUCCCAGUGUUCUACAAUGUUGAUCCUUCUGAUGUACGGAAACAUAAAGGGAAUUUUGAGAAAGCUUUUGCUAAGCAUGAGGAAGAUUUUGGGCAGAAUUCAGAGAAGAUUAAAAAGUGGAGGACUGCUCUGACAAAAGUAGCCAAUCUAUCUGGAUGGGAUUCACAGAACAGACAUGAAGCGAAGUUGAUUCGAGAUAUUGUUGAAGAUAUAUUUGCUAGAUUGAAUCAUGCCUUCUCAGCCCCAACUAAGAAUCUUAUUGGAAUAAAUUAUCAUCUAGAGAAACUGAAUUUGUGCUUAGCUAUGAGGUCUGACGAUGUUCGCAUCAUAGGCAUCCAUGGGAUGGGAGGGAUUGGAAAGACAACUCUUGCUAGAGUAAUUUUUGAUAGGAUAUCCAAUCAAUUUGACUCUAGCAGCUUUCUUGCCAAUGUCAGGGAGAUUUCUGAUUCUGAAAGAAAUGGUCUAGUUGUUCUACAAAAUCAGCUUCUUUGUGAAAUCUUGAAGGAAGAGAAUAUUAAAAUUUGGGAUAUUUACAAAGGAAGCAAAAUGAUAAAGAAUAGACUUUGUCGCAAAAGGAUUCUUGUUGUUCUUGAUGAUGUGGAUAAACCAGACCAAUUAGAGUCUUUGGUUGGACACCGUUAUUGGUUUGGCUCAGGAAGUAUAAUCAUAAUUACUACUAGAGAUGUACAUUUGCUUGUUCAGAAUGAUGUAGAUGAAGUGUAUAAAAUGGAGGAAUUAAAUCAUGACGACGCUUUUAAACUUUUUAGUUUGAAAGCGUUUAGGAGUGGCCAUCCUGUGGAAGGUUUUGUAGAGCUGUCCCAAGAAUUUGUGAGAUAUUCUCAAGGACUUCCAUUGGCCCUUGAAGUUCUUGGUAGCUUUUUGAAAGGUAGAAGUGUAGAUCAAUGGAUGAGUGCAUUGGGAAGGCUAAAAGAACAUUCUGAUAAGAAAAUUUUGGAUAGACUUGAAAUAAGUUACCAUGGACUAGAACCAACUGAAAAGAAGAUAUUUCUAGAUGUUGCAUGUUUUUUCAAAGGGAUGGAUAAAGAUUAUGUAAUGAAUUUGCUUGACAGUUUUGGAUUUUAUGCAGCCAUUGGAAUUGGUGUUCUCAUUGAUAAAUCUCUGAUAACUAUUGAUGACAAUAAUAGAUUGUGGAUGCAUGAUUUGUUGCAAGAAAUGGGUCGAAAGAUUGUUUGGAAAGAAUCACCUGAUGUAGGAAAGCGCAGCAGGUUAUGGGCUGAUGAGGAUGUCUAUCAUGUGUUGACUGAAAAUUUAGGGACAGAAGCAGUUGAAAUGAUGACUUUCAACUUAUUCAGACAAAAAGAGGUAAACUUGAGUGCCAAAGCCUUCUCAAAGAUGGGCAAACUAAGAUUCCUCAAAAUCUCGAAUGUGCAACUUCCCCGAGGCUUAGAAGUCCUUUCUAAUGAGAUAAGAAUUCUUGAAUGGCAUGGGUAUCCUUUGGAAUCUCUGCCAUUAUGCUUCAAACCAGAAAAACUUGUUGAGCUGCACAUGCCUUAUAGCUGCAUCAAACAACUGUGGAAUGGAACCAUAGCUCUGUAUGAGUUAAAAUUUGUCAAUCUCAGCCAUUCACAAGCCGUGAUAAGAACCCCUGAUCUCACUGGGGCCCCAAACCUUGAGAAACUAGUUCUGAAUGGUUGUACCAGCUUAGUAGAAGUUCACCCAUCAAUUGGGCUUCUCAAACGGCUCAUCAUCUUAAGUAUGGUAAAUUGCAGAUGCCUUCAGACGCUUCCAAUCAGCAUUGAAAUGCAAUCUUUACAAGUUCUUAAUCUCUCUGGCUGCUCUGAAUUGAAGAAGUUCCCAGAAAUUAAAGGAAAUAUGGAAAACUUAUCAAGGCUGUAUUUAGAUGGGACUGCUAUUGAAGAACUACCAUUGUCGAUUGAACAUCUCACUGGCCUUGUCCUGUUGGAUCUGAAAUAUUGCAAAAACCUUAUCAGUCUUCCAAGCAGCAUUUGUCAUCUCAUUUCUCUUAAAAAACUCACUCUCUGUUGCUGCUUUAAAUUGAAGAAGUUCCCAGAAAUUAAAGGAAAUAUGGAACACUUAAAAAGCCUGUAUUUAGAUGGGACUGCUAUUGAAGAACUACCAUUGUCAAUUGACCAUCUCACUGGCAUUGUUUGGUUGAGUCUGGGACAUUGCAGAAACCUUAUCAGUCUUCCAAGCAGCAUUUGUCAUCUCAAUUCUCUUGAAGCUCUCAUUCUUUCUGGUUGCCUUAAAUUGAAGAAGUUCCCAGAAAUUAAAGGAAAUAUGGAACGCUUAUUCCUCCUGUAUUUAGAUGGGACUGCUAUUGAAGAACUACCAUUGUCAAUUGGCCAUCUCACUGGCCUUGACCUAUUGAAUCUGGAAAACUGCAAAGAACUUAUCAUUCUUCCAAGCAGCAUUUGUGACCUCAAAUAUCUUCGAACCCUCACUCUUUCUGGCUGCUCAAAACUUAAGUUGUCAGAGAAGUUUGGAAAUGAGAUGCUAGCCCUCCCACAUCAACAUGGGGGUGCACGGAUGAUUCGGAGUAUUUUCGAACGAGACAAAAUGAGGGAAUUAAGCAGUUUUAGACUGAACAUAUUAUCAAAUUUCAAAUCCUUGAGAUCACUAAAUCUAAGCAAUUGCAAUUUGACAGAAGGAACAGUUCCAAGUGGUCUUGGUUGCUUAUCGUCGUUAAGGAGAUUGGAUUUAAGUGAUAAUGAAUUUGUUAUUCUACCUGUGAGCCUCAGCCAACUUUCAAGUCUUACACAUCUUUACUUGGAUGGUUGCAAAAGGCUUCGAUCACUGCCAGGACUUCCAGCAAAUGUAGAAUUUGUGGGGGCAAAUCAUUGCAUUGAACUGGAAACUUUCCCAAAUCUUCUAGGGCCAGGCACUAAAAGGUUUUCAAGAUUCGAUCUUUUCAAUUGCCAUAGAUUGGACGAUUAUCACAAUUGCAAUAGUUGGGCAUGGACAUCGCUGAAAAGAUGUUUUAAGGGAACCUACUAUAUCGAUUUUUGUCUUCCUGGAAGUGAAAUUCCAGAAUGGUUCAGAAAGCAGAGCAUGGAAUCUUCAGCAAGUAUAGAUCUACUCCCACAUUGCAAUGAUAUUAAUCCGAUGGGAUUUGCUGUCUGCGCUAUUUUUAGACUUCGACGUCUGAAUUAUCCAGAUAAAUAUAGAAGAUAUGACAAUCAUUGCCCAGAAAAGUCCAUAAGAGCUGAUUUCCGUUUUAAUGAUGUUGUCUUCUUCGGCAUCGACCGCACUAUCUGUAGUAAGCCAGUGAGAAAUUCUGCUCAAAUUGGGUCAGAUCAUCUUUGGCUAAUGUAUACACGCGAAUGCCCAAAUUGGGAUUCAGGGAAUGAGCUUGAUCGCAUUACAGUUUCAUUUAGGGGCAACACAGAAUCUGAUUGGGACUUGGAAAUUAGAAAGUGUGCAGUCGGCCUUAUAUGUGCACCAAAAAAUAAUCAAAGAAAAGGAAGGGAUCAUAACUGGGCAAAACUUUUUUUACUUUGAUGGAGCAGACACUGGUGGAAGUAGCAGCCCUACUGAAGAACCACAACCUAAAAGCUUCAAAAAGAUUUGAGUUUUGUUCUGGUGGAAGCAGAAACUUUCGUUCAUUUCAAGCUCGUGUAUUUGAGCAACCUUUUGAGAGGCGCUCGAACAAUUAUUGUGCAAUAUAUUAAGCUUGAAAGCUUGUGGUAUUAUGAUAAAUUAAAUAACGUCAAUUGUCACCAUUGAAUUGUCAUUACGAACGGAGAUUGAACUCUUUAGAAGGCAAACUUUGUUUAUUUUGUGCA